CGUCCAUGCGGGUUUUUAAUACUCCGACAAAUAGUCCAAUAGGUAGAGAUUUAAAAAACUACAAAAACAGAAGACACAGUCCCGCUGUUUCAGAGCUCUUCUCCCGCAGAUAACGGACCGGUAGAUCCUCUCGGGUUGUCGGUUGCUUUGCUUAGAGGGGGAAAAGCCACCGAGACGAGUUUGGUUUUGAACCAGGUGGCCUGCAGUAAGAUGGCGUCGGAGGCUGCGCAGUAAGGAGAAGACGUGGAUGGGGCGAUGACGUUUCAGUGCAACAAGGACACCGCAUGUUCCCCCCCCCGCCCUCCUUCAGUUAGAAACAGCUCCACGAUGCCGAGGGGGUUUGUUACGGCGGAAAACAGACGGUAACGCUGCGGAUUAAUGUUACACCGUCGAAAUACUUGAUGUUUUCGACCACGCAGAAGGAUGCCUUCUUGAACCAUCUACAGAUGUAUAAAAAGUGGGAUCCUCCUGCUCUUUAGAUGUCUGGGACCCGUUCAUGGCCUCUAAGAAGAAGAAGAAGCAGAAAGGAAUGGUGUUCCAUCAGGAAGGGGCAACUACCCCGGCAGCGGCACCUGCCGCGGACCAUCCCCCCGCACGCUUCGUUGUUCCCAAACCGGGGAAGGCAAGCGAAGGAGGGAUGGAGCAAAGCACCUCCGUAACCAAUAAAGAGGCAGAUAUGAUGGGUACACCCAAAAUGUACCCAUCAAAAGAACCCAUCAGGACUUCUGAUGGUCUUCCUACAGUAAAAGACCAUCAGUUGGACAAUCUGUCACCUGUUAGCAUUCGCAAUGGCAUCAAAGUGACCCUGGACAACAACAGCAUGUGGAACGAGUUUUUCCGAUGCAAAACGGAGAUGAUUAUGACUCAACAAGGCAGCAGGAUGUUCCCCUCCUGCCGUUUUCGAAUCUCCGGCUUGCAGCCAUCAAGGAAGUACUCUUUGAUCAUGGACGUUCAACCGUUGGACAACAGUCGUUACAAGUGGACCGGCAAGAGCUGGCAAGUUGCUGGAAAGGCAGAGUGUCAUGUUAAGAGUCAACCAUUCGCUCAUCCAGAUUCCCCAUCAGCGGGUCAACACUGGAUGCAGAAUCCAGUGUCCUUUUACAAAUUGAAGCUCACAAACAACAUUUCAGAACAAGAGGGGAACACCAUCCUGCAUCCGAUGCACCGCUACUUGCCACAACUGCACGUGGUCCAAACUGACAAAGCUGCUAAAGACAUUAAGCUAAAUGGUCCUAACGUUGUCACAUUCACUUUCCCUCAGACUGAGUUUAUGGCAGUAACUGCUUACCAGAACUCACGGUUUUCUCAGCUUAAAGUCGACUACAACCCAUUUGCAAAAGGACUGAAGGAGGAAGGCUCCAGUUCAUUGGGUCUUCUAAAGCUGAAAUUGAACUCUGGCAAAGACUCACACAAAGAUGGAGGCACAACAAGCAACGAGCAACAUCCCGUGAAAAAGAGCUUGAAGUCUUUACUCGCCAACCACAAACCUAAAAGCUCAAAACCAGUGGAUGCAAAGCCUUCGGGGUCAGGUGACGUCCAGAAAAAACCCACUACAAAAGAAGAUCAGUCCGCUGCUAAUGUCACUGGAGAAAGUUCGCGCAGCAGUCCACGUCCAGCUCAGAAGUUAUUUUCUGAACUUAUUCGGGAGGCUCACGUUUCACUGCAUAGAUGCAACCUGGAGCAGUUGGGCAUCAAUAACAACACCUCUCGCAGAACUGAGCGGACCAACACUAAAACCACAGCUUUGAAAAGCAAAGAUGUUCCCAAAAGAGACAGCAUAUCUGGCAAAACACAAAGAGAAACAUCCUCUGCAAAGAAAGCGGUCACUGUUGUAACAAAGAGGAAAGUUAAGAAGGAUAAGGACCUUUUGAAUUCAUUGGACUGUAAAGACAAUGUUAGGACAGAUUGUUCUGAGGUCAAUAAUGUUGUUGCUGCUCCAGCUGUGGCCCAGAACUCCCCUGUGGACUCAGACCACAAAAGUAAGCCUGAAGCUCCAUCAGAGGUGGAAGUAAAGCGGCAUAAGCGGCUGGCGCCUCUGCCUCUGCCAGCCCUGGCUCUUUUCUUGAAGCAGCAUUCAACAAAAACUAAAAUGGCCAAGAGCAAGCAGGACUCUCCUCCCCCCGAAGCUCCUGCAUGUCCACCUUCUGAACCCACCAGCAAAGCAACUAAUUCCUCAAAGGACAUCACUGGAGAUCUCAUCCACCAGGCCUCCGGACAUACUGAUUCACAUCUUCAUCCAGAUAAAACCGUUUUGAAUGUUACUGGACACACGGUUGGAACUGCCCAUAAGCCUUCUAGUCCUUCAUGUCCAGAUGCUGUUGUCUCUACAGACCCAAAGACACUAAGAUCUGAAGAUUUCGUGGCUUCUGUUUCGGUUGCUGAAAGCACAGGCCCAGAGCUGGCUGUACCAUGUGAUAAACAAGUGUUAACCAACUCAGAUCUGCCAUUUUGUACAGAAAGUACAUGUAUAUCCAACAUUUCCUCAACUCUUGCUACCUCUUCUUUGUCUCCCGUAUUGUCACCUCCCCUUGACACAGUGUUACCUGCCCCAAACUCGCCACAAACGCCAACCAUAACAGAGUCAUCCACACUACCUUCAGACUCGUCAACAAUGAAGUCUGAUUCUUUGCUACCUGACCCUGAGUGUUCUUCGUUUGGCUUUGAGCCUUUGUCACCUGCGAGCUCUCCAGAACCAUUACCUUCCCUGCCCAUCUCGUUUGCUUACGAACUUGACACCACUACUUCUGAAACAACUCCAAAAGAAGUAUGUCCCGAAGAGCUACAGCACAGUGAAGACUCUUCUGCAUCUGUGUUCAAAUGGCAUACAGUGUUACCUCCGCCUGAGCCGUACAUAGACACUUUGUUCACAACAUUUCAGCCCACACCACAGACUCUUCCUUUAGCGUCUGUUACGUCUCCUUUGUUGCCUUCCCAUACUGAACCACAGACUCUUGACACCUCCACACCCUUGCCUCGCUCUGAUCCCGCUCCGUCAUUUCAAGAAAAUGAACAGUCGCUGCCCUUCCCUGCAGAACUGUCCCCCCUUGCGCUUCAGUUGCCGCUGUCUCCAACCUUUUCGUCAUUAGGCGGAGACGGAUUGUCACCUACGCCUUCACUCGCAGACCUCGUGCAUUUUUUCUCCAUCGAUGACAACCUUGGGAUGGAGGUGGAGUUUGCAAGCACAGAGCCAUUGCCUGUUCACUUCCCACCUCUGACUACAGUAGAAGCAAAUGCUCAUGAGCCUUCUCAGCAGGUGCAACCAAUCCCAGCCAACAAACCCUGCAAACGCAAGAAGAAGUCCCGGCAGCGAAAGCUUGCUAAAAUGGAUAUUAAUCCAGAGAUGGAUGCCUCCAUCUACACUAAAAUGCAGCCUAACCUGGAGGAAGUGGAGGAGCAGUUAUUUGUCUCAUUCACAUCGAAGGAGGCCCUCAAACUUCACAUUGUAGACUCUUCUGAUGUCGCCCAACAGCCUGAGACGACACCUGAAAGUCACCUGCAACAAACAGCCGACGCACCUGAAAACGUAGAGACGGCCGAGGGUUUGGAGGAGAAGAUCGCUGCCUUUGAGAAGAUUCUCCUGAGAGACUUGAAGCUGAUGAGACACAGACAGGUGAUCCACCCGGUGCUGCAGGAAGUUGGUCUGAAGAUGAACCUGUUGGAUCCGACUCUGGUCAUUGACCUGAAGUACCUGGGAGUCCGUCUGCCCAUCCCCCCUGGAGUCUCUCUGGAGCCGCUGACCCCCCCACCACCACAAGGUGUUUCUACAGCGUUUGUGUCCAGAACAGGAAAAACAACAGAUGUGACUCAGAUCAAAGGUUGGAGAGAGAAAUUCACGCCAUCUGAGGCUCCGCCCACUCCGACGCCAACGCCGACGCCAACACCAACCAAACCUGAAGCUGGUCCGAGUGCCGACGUGCCGAAGAGGAACCUGUCUGCGUUCUGCAGCGACAUGUUGGACGAGUAUCUGGAGAACGAGGGGAAGCUGAUCGACGAGCGCGCCGCCAGCUUCUCCCAGGCUACGGUGGAGCCGCUGGUCUACCAGCUGCCCACGCACUCCGCCAGCUACGUCCGAACGCUGGACAGUGUCCUGAAGAAGCAGGGCGCCGGCUCGCCCACAUCAGACCUCAUCUCUGGCUUCAUACCCCCCUCCAAGAGACCCAAACUGCCCCUCAGGGAGAGGAAGGCAGCCAGGAAGGAGAAGGUGAGGCAGAAAGGUCCGAAACACAACAGAACCCGAGCAGAACCUGCUCCGGUUCCGACGCCGGCUGAACCUCGCCCUGAGGUCCCUGAGGUCCCGGUGGUCCCGGCGGUCCCGGUGGCGGCUGCUGCUGCUGGGUCAGAGCCAACAGAACCCUCCACUGAGAUUCAUAAGCCAAAGAAACACUUGAAGGUCCGGUUCCACCGCACAGAAACGCCAACGCUGCCUCCAGAACCCAAGACGAAGAAGAAGAAGAAGCUGAAGCCCAGAACCUCGUCCCAGACGCUGAGCCCCCUGAGGUCCGGGUCGGCCCCGCUGGAGUCGGACCCGGACCCGGACCCGGAGACCGAUGUGGGCCAGGAGGGCCCCGGGGGGCCCGGUGGCGGCGGCCCGGUGAUGACCCGAUCUCUGCUGAGACUGAAGGACCUGGAGGACGGAGCGCUGUGGGAGGGACGGCAUCGAACCUGCGUCACCGAGGAGAGGGCUGCUGUCGCUCUGACAUCACUGUUCACACUCAAGGGUUUCGUCACAGAGAACCCGACAGCGCCGAUAGAGUUGGUGUGUAGGCGAGCCCCAGCGUGCCUGAGCCUGAGCUGCCGGCUGGGCUGUGUGUGUUCCUCUCUGAGCCAGGGGGACGGCCGGGGGUCCCGGGACGGCCGGGGGUCCCGGGACGGCCGGGGGUCCCGGGACGGCCGGGGGUCCCGGGGGGGCCACUGCGGGCGCCCCCCCUGCAUGUUCGGCUGCAGCUGCCUCAAACAGAAGGUGGUGCUGCUGAAGAACCUGGACGGGUCGGACUCCAGCCCCGGGCACACCGGGCCCGGCAGGAAGAGGAAGAGGAAGAGGAGGAUGAAGAUGGCCUACGUCCUGAAGGAGGCGGACAGCGUUUCCCAGCCUGCCGAGCAGGUCCGGACCCUGUGGAAGAGGGGAGACCCCGACCCCGACCCGAUCCACGCUCCCAGACCUGCAGCCUCGCCCCACCGCGCCGAGAGGAGAGAGGAGAGCAGCAGCUGUGCCAGAGUCCGAGCUUUCAAAGAGAGGAAGAAGAAGAAGAGGAAACAGAUUUUCCAGGAAACCCCAACGGAGACGCCUGAACAUGUGAAGCAUCCAGAAGUCGUCCGGCUGAGAUCUCUGAAGCAGAGAGACCUGACGCUGAAGGACUCAAAGACCACACCCUCCAUUCCUCUAUCAGCAGGCGGUCCGGUUCCUCCGGUUCCUCCGGUUCCCCCGGCCGACCCGGCCCCGAAGCCGUCCAAGCGCCUGGUGAUCGUGGCGGACUGUAAGUGGGUGGGCGAUGGCGAUCGUAACCACGUGUUGAAGCAGCUGUGCGAGGCGAUGGCUCGCGACCGACUGGACCGGGCCUUCUGGAUCGGAGACUACCUGAUCAGCCCGCUGGCCCAGACCGUGGAGCAGAGCGGCGCCGAGCGCUGCAUCCACUACCGGAUGCACAUCUCCAGACCCAAACUGGAGCGGGAGAAACCUGCCCGGCCGGUGAGGGCGCCGCCGGCGAGGAAACAGAGGCAGACGCAACAACAGAAGCCGGAGGACAUGGAGGCGGAGCCUCUGGAGGACUGGCAGCGGGAGGUGGAAGAGGAAGAGGAAGGGGCGGAGCCUCUGGAAGACUGGCAGCGAGAAGUGGAGGAAGACGACUUGGAGGAGGAAGAGGAGGCGGAGCCAACAGAGCCCCAGGUGCAUGAUGGGAGAGAGAGCAGCAGGACGGAGUUGGCGAGGAUGGGUCUGCCGUUCCUCACCGGAGUCUCGCCCACCGGCUUCCUCUCAGCCAAUAGGAAGCAGCCUGGAGGAACAGACCACCUGGUCCAGGUGAACGGGAAGCUGUAUCCGCUGGCAAAGAUCCAGUUGGGGAGGAUGGGUGCGCUCCAUCCGGCCAAUCGGCUGGCAGCGUACCUGACGGGCCGGGUGGGCUCCAACAGGAAGCAGCCGACCCCCCCACCCAAACCUCCACCGUCCGUCACCGUGCUCACCCUCCCAACCUCCCCCACGGUGCUCCCGCCGGCAGCUGUGAAGGUCGACCAAUCGGCUGCGAGCUCUGAGCGGUCUGCAGGCGACGGCCCUGAGGGGGCGGGGCCCCGCAUGGUCACAGUGAGGCUGUACCCGUCUCUGAUGGGGGGGCGGAGUCAGAUCAGGGUGGUACCCACCAGUCCUGCUGGCUCCGCCCACCUUACAGACUCUCCUCCGGUGACCCCGCCCCCUAAGAGCUCUCAGCUGUUGAUGCUUCAGGUCCCGGGGGCCCCCCCCAGGCCUGCGCCCCCCCCAGCCCAGACCAUGGUGCUGCAGCCCGUGCAGACCUCCUCCGGAGCCCAGUUCUACCGCAGACCGGACGGGAAGCUGGUCCAGCUGAUCCCCAUCAACCAGCUGAGACCUGUCAACCCCGAGCCGUCCAAUCACAGAGUCGUCCCCGCUCCCCUUCAGACUCCGGUGGACCAAACACCUCCGACCCCGGUAACCAAGGUAACCACGGUAACGCCCGCCUCCCUGUCGGGCUUGUCCGCCUUCUCCGUGUCCCCCCUGGUCGCCCCGCUGCACCCCCCGUCUGGCUUCCUGUCUCAGAAGGCCACGUGCACCUUUAAAAUCCUUCCCUCGGACUCCAGCCGGGAACCAAUCACAGUCACCUGUCCCAGAGUUCCCGCCAAGACGCUGACGCCCCCGCGACCCCCCACUGUCAUCUGCGUGCCCCCCCCCACCACCACCUGCCGCCGCCACGCCGCUGAACCUCAUCUCCCUCAAACCCUCAGCGGGCCGGGGGGCGGAGCUCGGGGUCAAAACGGUGGCUGUGGCUCCGCCCCCUACUGAUGUGGCCCCGCCCCCUACUGCUGUGUCUCCAUCCCCUACUGCUGUGGCUCCGCCCACUGUUGCUGUGGCUCAGUCCCUCCCGAGGGCCGAGCCUGCGUGCGCGCUGGUGGACCUGGACAUCGUCUGCGUGGACGAUGAGACGGAGCUGGUUGCCGUGGAGACGGCGGGUGUGGUGGACGUGCACGGCUCGAGCAGCGAGACCGAGACCGAGAACUCGUCGGACUUCGGAGACGAGCUGGACGGAGACGAAGAGAAAGACAACCAACGUUACCUUCACAACGUGCUGGAGAGGCAGCGGCGGGAGGAGUUACGGAAGCUGUUCGAUGCUCUGAAGAGAGAAGUCGGGCUGAAGGAAGAGAAGACGACAAAGAUCUGCACGCUGAAGAAGGCUGUGCAGGUUAUCUCGGCGCUGCGGAGGGCUGAAACACAUCUGGAGAGGAAGAAGAGGAGGCUGACGAAGACCAGGGACGAGUUCCUCUCCAUCAUCGCCCCGACAACAGAGGACAGCAGCCGGGCGCGGCAGCAGAGGAGAAGUGAGUCCGUCCUGGAGGUGAUGGAUCUGUCCAGCGAGACGGACAACUCAUCCGACGAAGAAAGACCCGUUACCAAGACAACCAACAUCAUCACCGUCACUA